UGACAAACCAUAAGAAUAAAAUAUAAGCAAAACAUAAAUGAUUUACAUAACAACUUGCAUUUCAAAGCAUUCCCCUCCAAUUAUCUAUCUACGGUAGUUCUAUGAACUUCUAUUCUUUUGUUUGAUUUAAGUGGACACCUGGAGACAAGGAGGAAGUAGAACGCACAAGAGGGAAAUGAAAGGUAAUUGGAAUAGAUUCUCUAUUAAAUUCUGGUUUACAAACCAUCAUUCUGUCCAUCUCUGCCUCCCUCAUGUCUGGCCCCCUCCCCUCUCAGUGGAUGGGAUGGGCCAAACAGAAGGAGGUGGAUGGGGGAGAGAGAAAGCAUCAGCUGGACAUUGGAUUAACAAAUCUGUGCCACUACUUCGGCGUCCGCAUCAGAGAUAUAACAACCAGGGUAGCAAUCACCAUCAUUUUUUUUGUAGAAGAAGAAGUGUCCCUGCAAUAUUGUCUCUGGCCGAGGUUUGCUGAAUAAAGAUGCACAUGGACUUGAAGAGACAAUCCACCACUAGAAUCAGAACAUGUGAAAAGCAGACGACCCAACUGAGACGGAGAAAGAAGUCCAUCCCCUAGUCGCAGGUGUGUGAGUUUGGGCAGACGGGGCCGGCGUGAGGCUAACCAGAGACUGUAAGUGGAGGAUGAGGCUAUUUUAAGACAUGGAGCAUCUUCUUAUUCUGCGCUGUGUGCGACGUUCAGACACUGGGCCACUUUUUAGCGAACCCUAGUAUUGAUGCAGGGGGCCAAACAAGCCGUGACAACAAUGCCCUCGUUCCCAUGACAGGAGUGUGCCAGCAUGCCAAAACAGCAUAAAUGAGUCUCAAUUUCCGCAAACCAAUCUGGGAACUCCUGCAGUUCAACAAUGUAGCCGAUGUAGGUGACCUUUAUGGGGCCCAUGAUUCACAACGUUGUGAGCACCGUCAGCAUGGAAGAGCACACCACCUCCAUGCUUUGGAUCUAUGUCAACGCCACGGAAUGGCUGAACACCUCGUACGACUACAACGCCACGACUGAAAACCCGGAGACGUACCCGUACUACGUGAUCGGCCUCUUCCUGUCCUGCCUCUACACCAUCCUCCUCUUCCCCAUCGGCUUCAUCGGCAACAUCCUCAUCCUGGUGGUCAACCUGAACCACCGCGAGCGCAUGACCAUCCCCGACCUCUACUUCGUCAACCUGGCCCUGGCCGACCUCAUCCUGGUGGCCGACUCGCUCAUCGAGGUGUUCAACCUCAACGAGAAGUACUACGACUACGCCGUCCUCUGCACCUUCAUGUCCCUCUUCCUGCAGGUCAACAUGUACAGCAGCAUCUUCUUCCUGACGUGGAUGAGCUUCGACCGCUACGUGGCGCUGGCCGGCUCCCUCAGCAGCAGCCCCCUGCGGACCAUGCGCCACGCCAAGCUCAGCUGCGGCCUCAUCUGGACGGCGUCGCUGCUGGCCACGCUGCUGCCCUUCGCCAUCGUGCAGACGCAGCACAACGGCGAGGUUCACUUCUGCUUCGCCAACGUGUCGGAGAUCCAGUGGCUGGAGGUGACCAUCGGCUUCCUGGCGCCCUUCUCCGUCAUCGGCCUCUGCUACUCCCUGAUCGUGCGCGUCCUCAUGAAGGCCCAGAAGCACCGGGGGCUGUGGCCACGACGGCAGAAGGCCCUGCGCAUGAUCCUGGUGGUGGUGCUGGUGUUCUUCAUCUGCUGGCUGCCGGAGAACGUGUUCAUCAGCAUCCAGCUGCUGCAGGGCGCCGCCGACCCGGACCAGCCGACCGCCCCCACGCUGUGGCACCGCUACCCGCUCACGGGCCACAUCGUGAACCUGGCGGCGUUCUCCAACAGCUGCCUGAACCCCAUCAUCUACAGCUUCCUCGGUGAGACCUUCCGGGAUAAGCUGCGGCUCUUUAUUAAGCGUAAAGCCAGCUGGUCCGUGCUUAACCGCUUCUGUCAACACACGCUCGACUUACACCUUCCUGUGAGGAGCGAGGUGUCCGAGGUGUGAGUCCCUAGGGUGCAAAGAGCGAGAACUGGAAUGAAGUGAAUGAAACUGUGGAUUAAAGUGACAAUUAAAGACACCUUAAGGACAAAGCUCUGUUUUCUGGAGUAACAAAAGCAUUUUUUGUUCUUCAUUAAAAGGAACCCGAUUUGGAACAUGUCGCUUUCUUUUAUUGCAUCCUAAAUCAUCGAAGAGCCUUGAUGAAAAUGCACAAAUGUUAGCUGGCAGCUAACCAUGAAUGCUUUAUUCACUGCUAUGUGAAGCUAAAAAGCAAAUAGAAACAGUUAACAAGAUAAGAUACCACAAGAUGAUCUGAUUCUUGUUAUUGUACUACAGAAACGGAAUCGGUAUAAGCUACUGUAUUUCUAAAAAUGUUUCCAUUGGACAAAGUGCAAAUGUCAAAGUAUCCCCUAGGUAUAUAAAGGUUGCCUACAACAAUUAAUUAUAGCAUUGUGGAGAGGUUGUGACAUCUUGUUUAUAACUAUUCAUUUCACGUGCAUCUAGUUCUAUUUGGUGAAUACAAAGACAUGUGGCCCCCAAAUUUAACUAAACAAAUUAAUUUAAAAAGUAUUAUUAUGCUAGCAUUGUUAGUUCUUAUUCUUUCUGCAGCUGCUGCUGGGAUUAAAUCAUGACCAUAAAAUAACCUCAAAUCAACCUCGAUCUUCAGUAAAUAUGUUUAUGCAUUAAAGAUCAAUAAACCAAAAAGUAUGGGUCACAAAAAGGGUAAGCGUUAACAUUUGGUUUAUUCUAUUUCCUUUGAAGAACAGGGCACCGUGUGUCUGGGUCAUUGCGUAAUGCACAGGAGUUGUUCCUGCUUUUAUUAUCUGCUCAGUAGUUCCUUGAUUUCAACCAUCAGCCGUUCAAUAAAGUAACUAUCAGUAACUACAGUUAUAAAUGUGCACUAAUGACUGCACAACUCUACAGAACAAAACGAACGAAUCACGAAUGGAAACGAAGAACCCAAAGAAACAGUUGGCUAUAAAUAGAGAUCAGAGUUACCAUGGGAGGUUUUUUUUGUAUGUUUUUUUUUUUUAAUCUCAUCUGACAGGAAGGAAUAUAGAAGGAGUCUGCUAAAUGUUGGCUGAGAUCCCCACUGUCACGAUCCCUACUUGUCAGCUCCUGUUAAAUGUGCAGCGAGAGCAGCAGAGAGGCAGGUGUUGUUUUGGUACAAGAGGACUGGGUCUGUGUAAACACAUUACUCCACCGAAAAGAUGGAAAGCUGCUGCGAUCUGUUGUCCUUAACAGACAUUGUUUAACGUCACGCAUUCAAACAGCAAUGCUGAGAGGAAAGUGAUGUGCAAUCUUCAUUUCUGAAAAAAUGAAAAAGUGAAGUUAUAUUAUGACACAGGAAAUAUUCCACUUCUUAAUUGUAACGUAAAAAUUUGUACAUCAGGUAUAUUGGAGGGAUGUAAAGCAAGUACAAAACACCACUGCCUAUUGUCCUCUCCCUGCCGUCUACUGCUGUUUUCUAUUGAAUCGGCCACUGAUUUGUGUUCCGUUAACCUAUUCAGGCUGAACAAAUGUUAAAAUCAAACAUUAGGGGUAUGUGGCUUUGGUUUAAGUUCAUAUUAAGUUGCCAUUGGUGAAAAGACAAGACAAAUUACAUGGUGUUCAUUUUCUCGCUCACU